GGAGAAGAGAAAAUAUGUCUGAAGAAAAAUUCCCAGAACGUCCAGGCGAACCAGAGUGCAGCUAUUAUCUUAGAACUGGAAACUGUUAUCUGAAACAAAACUGCAAAUACCAUCACCCGAAGAAUAUAACGCCGAGCGAGCCUCAAUGUACUCUCAAUGACAAGGGCUUACCAUUAAGACCUGGUCAAGCCAUUUGCCCGCAUUACAGUCGCUUCGGCAUUUGCAGAUCCGGUCCGACUUGUAAAUUCGACCAUUUUACCUAACCAUCAUCCUCAACUUGCAAAUGAUAAAUUUGAAACUGAUAUUCCUUAUCUCGUGUUUAUUUUCAAUAAUAUUCUAAUAUCUAUGUUUUAUUUACUCUUUAUAUGUAUGAAAGGAUGUUAUUAAUCUAAGGAUCAAGUUAAUCACCAUGGUAUCAAAUUUUCAUUUCAUGUAACAAAAUUGGAUUUU